CAAAUUUUAACAGCUCCGGCUUUUUACAUACUUAAUUUGACGUCUACACGUAUCUUUGUUUAAGAUUAUCUGAAAAAAUUUUUCAGAACAGGAGUCAGAAAUAAACAUUAAAUAACAGCUGCAAGUUGCGGUUUUAGACCCUAUCAUAUCAUUUAAUUUGGAGGAUUAUAAAACUAAUUCCCAAUAUUGAAAUCAAGCUACAUAAGUGAAGAAAUAUAUUAAGCGAGUUUUAAUUUAGUGUUGUUAGUGCGAGAGAAUUUUAUAUUAUAAUAAGCUGCUAAGACUGUUGGGUAAAAUGAGUGAAGAAGAAGUCAAGCUUUCUAGAGAUGAACUUAUCAUCAAGGCUAAGGAGCUCUACAGCAAAGGCUCCAGAAACUAUCUUCUGAAAUGUUACAGUGAAUCUGUUGAUGAAUUGAGUGAAGUAUGUGCACUGUAUGAAGAAAUUUAUGGCGAACUCUCAGAUGAACUUGGAAUGCCAUAUUUGUUAUACGCCAAAUCCCUGAUAGCUCUUGCCUUAGAUGAAAAUAAAGUAGUUGAUGUUCCCGAUGAAGGAGAAGAUGAGUUUGAAGAUGAAGACGAGUAUGAAGAGGAACAUGAGGAUGAUAAAGACACCAAACAAAAUAAAUCUGGAGAAAAAAAUGGGACUGGUCAGGAAAUAAGCCCCUCCGAGCCAAACACAAAACAAGAACAGACUAAAAACGAGUCAAAAGAACCAGAUUCCACAGUCGACAGAAAUUCAGAAACAAGAGGAGAAAUAGCUGACUCAACAGUCCAAACAAAAUUGAUAGAAGAUGUUGUAACAAGCUCAGAAAAAGACACCAAAACAAAUGGAAAUGAAGGAAUAUCAACAAUAAAACCUAGUACUUCAAAUGGCAUAAAUGAUGCAGAAGAAGACGAUGAAAACGAAGCAGCAUCUACCCUUCAACUAGCCUGGGAAAUCCUUGAGCUUUGUGCUAAAAUAUUCACUCGUCAAGGAUUAAGUGGUCUCCCUAACUUGGCAGAAGUUCAAACAGAAUUGGCAAAUAUUGAAUUUGAAAACAAUAUUCUUGAUUCCGCUCGUGAAGAUUAUGAAAAAGCGCUUAAGAUUUACCAGAAUUUGACAGACAAUUAUAGACGCGCAAUGGCUGAAAUUCAUUAUAAAAUUGGUCUUACUUAUCUUAUGCAACAAAUGAAUCAAGAAGGUGCGGAAAGUCUUAGAAAUGCAUGUGCCCUUAUUGAGGAUGAAAUUAAUGAAAUGAAAGCCAAGGAAAAUCUAGUUGAAAAAGACACCGAGCUUAUUAAAGAUAUGGAAGAAACUAAAGAGGAGAUCAUGGCUAAAAUUGCUGAAAUCGAAGAAACCAGACAACAGAACAUUGCCGAGGUACGAGCAGCUUUAGAUAACUACAUAAGACCUGGUACUAAGGAGAAAACAACUGAUAGUGGGGGUGCAUCUUCGUCUGGUACUAGUUCAUCUGUUAUAACAUCAUCUUCUAAACCAACAGAUAUAACACAUUUAAUUAAAAGAAAAAAGCCAGACACAUCCCCAUCUUCAGAAGCGGAGGCAGUCGCAUCACCCGCUAAAAAAGCUGCCAUUUAAAUUAUUGUAUUUACUCAUUAUAGAUAUAAACUCAUUCCAAUUAAAGUUGUUACCUUAUAAUUGAA